AUGACAAACGUCUUCGACAAGCACAAAGACAAAUUGGUCGGAGUGUGGACGCUCAUAUCUGCCGAGAUGUAUGAUUCCGAAGAGCCAGACAGAAAGUUGCUUGACAAGCCGUUCGGCGACGACCCUCAAGGCAAAGUGGUCAUUUCUGCCUCGGGCUAUCUAUCUGGAACGCUGGUUAAGCCUGAGGGGUUGGAACCACUGGCGUCUUCCGACCCCACAGACGCAGAAUUGCUGCGCAUCGGCCGCAGUCUGACAACAUAUGGCGGCUUCAUGACCCUUUUGGAACAGGACGAUGGGUCGUUUCUGUGGCAUACAAAGGUUGAGAUUGGUUGCAAUCCAAACUGGAUCGGGAAGCCGCAGACGAGGGUAGCCCGCUUCAGAGAGGAGAAUGGUGUUGCGUAUAUGACACUCAAUCCUGUCAAGUGGUACACUCUAAAGGAUGGCCGACAAGCACGGGGAGAAUUCAAGUGGCGCAAGAUUGGUUCUUGA